CCCGCGCGUGCGCUCGACGGGGGUGUGGCUGGCUCUCGCCCCUAUUUCCAAGCUCUGUGCAGCGUCGCGAGACCUACUCUGUCCCGAACUUCCGGUUCUGAUGGGCCUAGCUCUUUGGGCCGGCCAUGCGGGGCGGGCUUCUGUAGGGCGCUGCCCGUGUUCUGUGGGCUGGCCGAGCUGUUGGCGCAGCCCGCCGGCCCCUAAGCUGCAGUAGCCCGCCGCUGGAGGAGCUGUUCGCCCGCGGCGGGCCUUUACGGACCUUCCUCGAGCGCCAGGCAGGGUCAGAAGCCCAGUUACGAGUCCAGGGGCCAGAGUUGGCAGCGGUCACCAAACUCCUGAGCGAGAAGGAGCGGGAGCUGCGGGAGACCGAGCACUUGCUGCACGAUGAGAAUGAAGAUUUAAGGAAACUUGCAGAGAAUGAAAUAAUUUUGUGUCAAAAAGAAAUAACUCAGUUGAAACAUCAGAUUAUCUGUCUUUUGGUUCCCUCAGAAGAAACUGAUGAAAGUGAUUUGAUCCUGGAGGUAACUGCAGGAGUUGGGGGUCAGGAGGCCAUGUUGUUUACUUCUGAGAUGUUUGAUAUGUAUCAGCAAUACGCUGCAUUUAAAAGAUGGAAUUUUGAAACCCUGGAAUACUUUCCAAGUGAAAUAGGUGGCCUUAGACAUGCAUCUGCCAGCAUUGGCGGUUCAGAAGCCUAUAAACACAUGAAAUUUGAAGGGGGAGUGCAUAGAGUACAGCGAGUACCAAAGACAGAGAAGCAAGGCCGCAUCCAUACUAGCACUAUGACAGUGGCAAUAUUACCCCAGCCCACUGAGAUUAAUCUGGUGAUUAAUCCUAAAGAUUUGAGAAUCGAUACUAAGCGAGCUAGUGGAGCUGGAGGUCAGCACGUAAAUACCACGGACAGUGCUGUCAGGAUUGUUCAUCUUCCAACAGGUGUUGUUUCUGAAUGCCAACAAGAGAGGUCUCAACUGAAAAAUAGAGAGAUGGCUAUGAAAAAGUUGCGUGCAAAGCUGUACAAUAUGCAUCUAGAGGAAGAAACAAGUAAAAGAUACAGUGCUAGGAAGAUCCAGGUUGGAACUAAAGGAAGAUCAGAGAAAAUAAGAACAUAUAAUUUUCCACAGAACCGGGUCACAGAUCACAGAAUAAACAAAUCACUGCAUGGUCUUGAGACUUUUAUGCAAGGAGAUUAUCUACUGGAUGAACUUAUACAGUCCCUGAAGGACUAUGCUGAUUAUGAAUAUUUACUAGAAAUUAUUUCCAAAAAAGCUUAGGUUGGUUUGUUAUUAAAGUAUUUCAUGCACUCAGGAAAAUACUAUAGCACAUCAAUUGUGUAUACUCAUGAGUAUUCUCUUAAAAAGUUUUUACAGUGGUAAGCAAUAUACAUAUUCGUAAUGCAUAAUUAAUGUAGAUCUCAGUGCAUUAGUAAAACAUGACUGCUGUAAAUCUUGCGCUCUUCUGUACAAGAAACAGAUGAACUCAUUUGUUUCUGUAAGAUCCUUAAAAUUAAAUAUUUUAAUAUUUAAUCAAAAAAUUUCUUUAACUCUAUUUUGAAAAACUUAAAAUAUAAAAUAGAAAUAUGACUGUAGAUACUAUAGGAGUCAGGAGAUGGAAGCCCUGUCAUUAAUUGAAUUGGUAAUAGAAUUAACAAGUGAGAAUAAAAGAACACUUAGUACACUGAAAGAGAGUACCCUAAGACCGAGAGUACCCAAUGUAAGACCACCCUUGUAAGGGUCUUUACUUCCCCAUGAUGGAGUGGGGCCUAUUAGAGGGUGUGGGUAUAUCCCAAUCAAUGAUGGAAAGGUUCCUGGUAUGUAGCUGGUGCAUUAGGCCUUGGCAUUGCAUCUCAAACUCUGAUGGACUGGUAAGCAAGAAGGUUUCUGCCAAAGUAUGAACAAAACUGGAUGGUAAGCCUUAGUGCAUUUCUAUAUCUAGGGUCUUACAGAGAGGCAGAACCAAUAAGAUAUAUAUAUAUAAAGAUAAGAUUGACACACAUGAUUACUACAUGAAAAGUCCAAAAUGUGCAGCACGAGGGAGCCAGCUGGAGACCUAUGAGAGCUAGUGGUGCAGUUCCAUUCCUAGGUAGUCGACUAGAAAACUCUUGCUUAGGGGAGGCUGGUCUUUUUAUUCUAUUCAGACUUUCAGUUGAUGGGAUGAAACCCAUUGACAUGGAAGGAAUCUGCUUUGUUCAAAAUUCUCUGAUCGAAAUGUCAAUUUUAAAAACUUUUAACACAUUUGGGAUUUUAACAAUAUAUAUUUAAAAUUGGGCUGGGAAUGUAGCUCAGUGGAAGGUGUGCUUCAUAUGUGAGGCCCUGGGUUCAAUUCCUGGCACAGCAAAAAAUAAAUAAGAUUUAAAAAUAAAAUACAUAUUGGUGUAUUAUAAACACAUGCAGAAUAACUGGCAAAUAUGAUCUGUGAGCUGACAUGGGCUCUACUUCAUUCACUAUUUAUUCCUAAUUAAUCAAAUGGAAUUCUAGAAACCCAUGAAACUUAGAUAAGAGUACAGAACCAUCCUAAUUCUUAAUAUUUUAAGAUCCCUCAAAUAUGUGUAUGUUUGCCAAAAUACACAAUACAACUGUAUUAAUUAAAAACCAUUGUCACUGCUUAUGCAUGUCACCACCAUGCCUACAUCACUAAUGUUGACCCCUCUGCCUAGAAAACUUACUCCACUUACUAAUGCAGAUUUAAGAUCCAACCUAAAAGGCAUCGUGUCCCCUAUAAAUAAUUGACUUCCUUCAUCUGUAUUCCAUAGUACUUUACUGUAUGCUAUGUGUAGUCUGAAUGUGUCCCCCUAAAUUCACAUAUUGGAAAUUUAGUUUGCAAUGCAACAGUGUUGGGAGGUUUGGCUUUUGGGGAAGUGUUUGGGUCAUGAGGGAGGGCAUGAAUGGAUAAAAGCUGUUAUAAAAGGUCUUGAAAAAGGGAGUUGGGCCCUUUUUGCCCUUUUAUCUGUCAUGUGAGGAUACAAAAAGUACCUUCUUAGAAGCAUAAGAAUCCCUCCGCAGGUGCUGAAUCCUUGAUCUUUGAUUUCUUAGGUUCCCAAACUGUAGGAAAAUUUGUUCUUUAUACAUUACCUCGUCUGGAAUUGUUACAGCAAGACAAGACAGACUAAGAUACCACAAUAUCUGUAUGGCAACAGUUACUUCAAAAUAUUAAUUUACUGGUUUAUUUAAAGACAAAAUUGUGUGCUAAGGAAUAGAAAAGUAUGAGUCAGCUGGUGCCCAACCUAAGGUGGGUGCACUACUGAGGAUUUUUCAGUUUUGAGGUGGGGUUCUCUGGAGCUUCAGCUCUUAGCCACACAAUUAUUAGGUCAAUGAACACCCAAGAUUCUACACUGCUGUAGUGUGGUAUUCUGUAGGUAGGUGUAUGAAAUCCAUUUUUAACUUGUUUAUGGGGACAUAACCCUAUUUUAAGGAAUAUCUGUUUAUCUAGACCUUACACUAUCUCAUUAAUGCAUAAGAUUGUGUUUUCACCAUUCUUGUCUCUUUAGGACAUGACAUCACAAGCAGUAAUACCUGAAGUAUUUUUUUCUAGAAAUUUGGUGUAUUGUUCAUAAAGAACCAAAACUGAACUUAUUUAAAAGAGUUUACAGAAUGAACUAAUCAAAACUCUAUUAGGUUGAAUGACAGUUUUGAAGCCAUAGAUAACUUUCAAAUGAAACUCAUAAUCCUCUAUAACUCACCAUUAAUGGUACCACUUUCCCUCUCUCAAAUUUAAAAUGUAGACCCCUUAGAUUCCUCUGCUUCACAUUCAGUUUACUGCUAAGAUCUAUGUCCUCUCAUCCUCUCCAAUUCCAUUACCACUGACUCUUGUCCAGAAUUAAUUCUCUCCUGGUAUACUAGUUACCUAAUUUCUCCCUGCAUCCUCUCUAGAUGCUGUAUAAUACUGGCUACAAAUAACCUCCAGAUUAAUCUGUCUACAAAACAAGCCUCUGAUCUCAACAUUCCUUUGCUCAACACUGUAAUAGGUCCCCACUGCCAAAUAAAACUACAACUAUGCAUACAAUACAUCCAUGACUGGCAUCUAGCAUCAUUACUACUCCCCAUUAGGGAAGUGAUUUUACAUAUCCACCUCCUUUAUGCUCCGUCAAAUUAAAGACCCUUGCAUGUAAGCUUUCCUCCAUUUUUUUCCUUAUACUGUAGAUAGCCACCUCCUCCAAUUCUCUCAAGAGAUAUACCCACAGCAGUGGUUCUCAUUCAGAGGAGGCUUCACCCCCACCUCAACCCCCAUGGAAUUUCUGGCAAUGUUUUAAGACAAUUACACCUUGGAAAGGUGAAUGAGAGAUGAGUGAUGCUGCUGAACACCCUGCAAUGCACAGCAUAGACUCCACAAUUAAAAAAAAAAAAAUUAUCUAGCCUAGAAUGUUAAUAGUGCUGGUGUUGAGAAACCC